AUCUCCAAAGCUUCGACCUUUACCCUUUCUCCUCCCCCUCCUCCUCCCCUUUACCCCCCCCACCCCCACAAAUUCGCUCUCAAUCUCCCACGAUUCCCAGUUCUCGAUCGAUCUCCUCCUCCAUUUAAUCCUCGAUUGCGUUUUCCGCGUCCCAUUUCCCCCGAUUCAUGGCGAGAAUCGCCCAAAACCUCCUUUUUGAGGCCGAUUUCGCCUCUACGUUUCCUCGAAUCGCCCUCGAUUCGAUCAACCCCCUUGUCUAAAUUUUACGGCUCAAAAUCGUUUCUGGGUUCUUAUUUUCUCCUCAAUUCGUCGCGAAAAAUCGUUCCUUUCGCGCUCUCAGCUUCAAAUCCCUCUUUUUUUUGCCCCGUUUUUCUUUGAUCUUUGUCCUGUUCAAUCUCCGUUCCCGAGCUCCCUAAUUUCCAUUCUAAAAGCUGCUUUUUUCUAACCUUUUCCCUUUAAUUUCUUCUUUUUCGCACUCUUUUUCUGUUUGUUUGAUCUAUGUUGUACUCAAUCUUAGUUCUCUAGCUCCAUUUCUUAUUAGGGUUUAAUUUGCCCUAAUUUCCGUGUUAAAAAAAUUUGCUUUUUUUUGUUUCUCCUUGAAUUUCUUCUAAUUCUCUCCAUCUUUUGUGUUGAAAUUUGUUGGUUUCUUUUGAUCUUCUUCUUCUUCUUCUUCUUCCGAAUUCAAUGGCAGGAGAAAGCUGCAACCUUGGCAAAGACGAUGCCGAGAUCCUCAAACCCUCAUCUUCUUCUUCUUCUUCUUCUUCAACCUCCCCUUCUCCUCCUCCACCCACCCCUCCAUUGUUUCUCAAACCCUGUGAGGAUCAGCUCCCCGCCGAAAAGCCCAAAAGCCCUUGUUCUGAGCCUUCUUUUCCCGACCCCCACCCGCGGAAACCCGAAGGGGAAACCCAAUCCCCUGUCAAGUCCAUCAAUCGGUGCCUAAUUUGCCGCAAAAAGGUCGGGCUCACCGCCUUCCGGUGCCGCUGCGGAGACCUCUUCUGCGGGCGGCACCGGUACUCCGAUGCCCACGAUUGCUCCUUUGAUUACAAGGCCGCAGGGCGGGAGGAGAUCGCGAGGAACAACCCCGUGAUUAGAGCCUCCAAGAUCAUCAAGAUAUGAGGUCGACAAAUUUACGCUUUUGCGGAUCUUUUUCAUGCUAGUUUAGAUCUUUAAUGCUCCAUUAUAUCCAUCCCUAUAUUAUUAUCCUUGGUUUCUGUCGAAAUUUGACGCGCCCAAUUGGAACAUCAUUGUUAUUGAUUAGUAUAGUUGUAAUUGUUGGUGUUAGUUGUUAGAAAUCAACUAUCUAAUUCAUUUGCUAAGCCUUAUUAUCUAUCUCUAUAUAUUUAAUGUUUAUCUUCAU